AUGCUACUAAAUGUCGUACGUGGUCCCGUUAGCUUUAAAGAUAUUCGUACUGUUGAUGGUGUUGAGCAUCCAACCUAUAUGUCCGCAUGCAAAGCAUUGAGGUUAUUAGGAGACGAUACCGAAUGGCUUGAAUCAAUUCAAGAAGCGUCACAAUGGCAGUUUGGACAUCAACUCCGAGAAUUGUUCGUAACAAUUUUGUUAUUCUGUACUGUUACUGAUCAAGCACAGUUCUUCUGGGAUUGUUUUCCCUUUUUAUCAGAAGAUGUUGCUUAUAAUCAACGUAGAUUCCUUCGGAACGAAGAAUUGUUGUUUUCAGAUGAGGAAUUGGUAAAUUACACUCUGCUCCAUAUAGACGAUGUUUUAAAUGGUAAUGGUAGAUCAUUAGUUGAUUUCCCAAAUCUACCUCAGAUAGAGCAUCGUUUGCUGAAUAUUGGUUCAAAUAGGUUGAUUGUUGGGGAGCAUGCACACAAUGUGCAAGAAGAAAGAUUGUGUUUUGAAGCUUUAUACAGUGCUUUAAAUAUGAAACAAAACGAGCUAGCAUUAUUGGAGACUGACGUGUUUCUUGAAAUUCUUUCAAGAACAUCAUUAAAGACAUUCCAUAUUAUACGUUGUACAAAGCGUCAGUUUGUUCCGUCGUGUGGUGCGAAGAAUUUUGACAUUGGUUGUCUACCAAAUGCAUGUACAACUUUAGCAACUUCGUUGAACGGACUUAUUCUUGAUGAAUGUGAUAAUCUAGAUGAAUAUCCAGAAAUGUUUUUAUUUGUCUAUGCACAUGAAUGGUGGGAUUAUCGAAACAAUGAACUAUCUUUCUUUACAGGAAAAAGACUUGAGUGUGUUGUUCCGAUUCAUCGUUGUCAUGAAGUCUUUUCAUUUCAUUCAGAUUUUGAGACGGUUUGUUUGUAA